AGAACGGAUAGGCGGGAGCUAGACAGCCCGCAGUGGCGCGUUGGGCGGAGAGACCUGUAAUUAUCUUGUCAUGCAGCGAUCAAAACAACUGGGAACUGGGACUUCAGUGCGUUUAAAACAAGAUCACCGACCUCAUGAUUUGACCUCGUAUUUUUCAGAGAUCCCAGUUGUUUUGAACUCGGCAUCAGUAUGUCUAUAAUUAUUGAGUAGACGCAGGUCGAGCAUCCGCGUAUCCGCCUGAAGUCCAUAAAGCAGAAAUGCUAAACUGACCUUAGAUCAGGCAUUCUACUCCGAUUCACACAUCGAAACCGAAACAAGGUAAAUGCGUUUAGUUUUCAUAUUGUCAAUGGCAGUCGACAUAUACUACAUCUCGCUCUGAGUUGAAAUUGGUGUUGUUUAAACUGAAACCGGUGAUGAACCUCUCAGAGGAGAACAGGACAGUCGUGGUCUCUGGUGUACCAGACACACUGUCCAGCAGCCGCAUGGCAGACAAACUGGUUAUUCACUUCCAGAGCUCCAGAAGCCACGGAGGAGAUGUAGAAAACAUCAAGUACCCGACCAGCUUCAAGGGGGUGGCUUUUGUUACAUUUGAAAACACCAGAGAUGCUGAGAUGGUCAUCAGAAAGCAGAUAAUGUGCGACAAGGAGUUCCCUCAAGACUACCCGAUCACUGUAUUCAGAUUCACCCAAGACGUGUUGUUCUACGUGAACGCUGAAGUGGACCUGUCAGUCUGCGGUGACGAGGAACAGCAGGAGAACGUGAUCCAAAGCUUGCAGUCUGCUCACAGAUCAGUGAGGAUCUGCCUUCUACCCAGCCAGGAGGGUAAAGCUUCAGUGGAGGGACCCUUCUCUGCCAUCAGGGACCUGAGAGAGGACCUGCUCCAGCGGGCCACUGCCAGCAGCAGCAGUCACCCAGGGGAGGAGCACAGGGCUCCAUCGAGCUCUGCUUACUCCCUGACCUCAGUGGCAGCAGGGAAUGGGGUAUCCCAGGUCAGCAGCAGUUACCCAGGGGAGGAGCACAGGGCUCCAUCUAGCUCUGGUUACUCCCUGACCUCAGUGGCAGCAGGGAAUGGGGUAUCCCAGGUCAGCAGCAGUCAUGCCUGGGAAAAGCACAGAGCUCCAUCUCCAUCAAGCCAUGAUCAUUCCCUGAGCUCUGUGGUAGCAGAGAGUAGGUCUUCCAGGGUCAGAUCUGGGGAUGGUGCUGAGGUGGACUUCCGGGUCAGCUGUUACACCUGGGAGAAGAAGAACGGGGCAGCUCCAUCAAGCGCUGAUCAUUCUCUGUCAAGCUCUGUGGCAGGAGGGAGUGGGGCUUCUACAAUAAAUCAAUCCUUGGAAAAGCACCGCAGGGCAGCUCCAUCAAGCUCUGAUCAAUCUCUGAGCUCCAUGGCAUCAGGAAGUGGGGAAUCCAAGGUCAUCAGCAGCAGUCACACAUUAGAGAAGUACAUCGCUCCAUCAAGCUCUGAUCAAUCUCUGUCAAGCCCAGUGGCAGCAGGAACUUCCAAGGUCGGCUCAGGUGGUGAUGUUGACAUGGAAGAGGAGUCCACGUGGGUGGACACAAACAUAUUUCUUUACAUUCAGAGAUUUUCUAAAGACCCGUUUGACCAAUGUUUUAGGAACCACGGUGUGUCAGCUGUGUUCGUUGACAAUGACGCGGCCGACCUGACUCUGAUAUCGCUGAGAGGACGCCGCGACAGCAAGGGUCUCUCUGAAGUCCAACUGACCAUAUCAGAGCUGACUGAUUUGGUCGCUGUGUGGCAGUCAACCCUGAGAAUCCACACGAUAGACUACAGAAGGCAGGACCUGCGUGAGAGAAAGAGGCUGCUGCAACUCUGUGCCGAGGCGAACAACCACUAUGAAGACGUUCUGUACGUGCAGAAGGAGCUCAGUGUCCGGGUCAUCGGUCCCUCUCUUUCCUGUCAUCUCUUUACUGACUGGGUGAAGGAUCGAAGAGAUCAACCAGAUAAAGAGGACUUCUUGUAGUGGGGGUCAGAAUGUGAAUCAUUUUACCAUUCUGCAAUAGCAGCUAGUGCACGAAGAGCUUUUUUUUUGCGCUGUAUAUAUUGAUAGCACUGUGAGACGUUUUCAAGAGAUUUCUGUGAUAACUAAAUUGAAUUGAGUUUGUGUUUAUUUGCUGUGUCUCAUCAAGGAUGCUGUUUUGUGUCAAGCUAGCCACGAGGGCAUAACUAGAUAAUAGACUAGAAACUACAUGUUAAUGAGUCAACACUAGAGGGUGCUGUUGUACCGAAUAUACACAAUUUGUUCCAUUAAAUCAAUUAUUUCUGUGUGUCCUGA